CCGCCAGCAUCUUCUUCCCAAGAACCCGUCUUGGUCUCCUCUCCUCUACCGGCAGUCCACGCGCUCCCUUCCCCCUUCUCGCCCCUCCCUCGCACGGUGCUCCUCCUCCGCCACAGCCGCCUCCUACCGGCCUCGCCCUGCAGCUCUCCUAGCAGCAUCUGCAGCCGCCCCCGCUCCUCGCGCGGUGUCGCGCCAGCCCAGACCGCCGGAGAUCCGGGCCUUUCUUGCUGCUUCGUGCGUGACGAGGAGGUUGUGUUCGGAAUUGGGGAUCGGUUGGUGCGGGGAUGAAUACGAGGCCGGUGGUGCUCGUCCUCCUCCUGCUCGUGCUCAUCAUCACGUCGCAGUUCGAGUGGAAGCAGCAGAUCGGGGACGCCGCCAACGCCGACCCCGCCGCCGCGCGCCGCCGCCAGCAGCUGCUCGCCAGGGAGGACGCCGUCAAGGAAAAGAUAAUACUAUCUCAAGAGAAAAAUAUCCAACAACUUAAUCAGCUUAUUGAGAGCCUUCAGCGCCAGCUACUACAUUGCCGUGGUAGCAAUAAUACCGUUCAUACAACCACCAUUCCCGCCACUGGAGUAGGUGAAGUUGAGGAACAUGAAACCAUUGAUGAUGAGAACAGAUGAUCAUCUUGGCAAAUGGUUCUUCGAUUCUAGUACAGCAGCCAACGAACCAGAGGUUAACCUGCACCUCGCUCUUACGGAAUGCCGUCUAAUGGAGGAUUGAAUCAUACUCUGAUUCCCUGUAUUGUAUACUUGCAACGACCAACUAGCGGGUUGUCACCCGUGUAAAGCCUGUAGAGAGUUGUAAUUUGUAAUGUGCUGUAGGCCAUGGUUACUAAUUGAAUUGGAAAGUUACCUGACCAUUCUUUGUUCCGAUGAUGGAUGAUUCUGCCCCAACAGGCUAAAUAUAUUUGUGUCAUUUUUUUUGUUUUCUACCCAUGAACUCAUCAGGUGAAAUAUUCUGUCAAUAUUCACUGUA